GUUUGUUAUUGAGCUGCAUAAUGAUGUUUGGAGACGAGAGAGAGGAGACUUUACGCGAGGUAGCUGCCCUCGGUAAUAUCAAGGCGGUGCAUCACUUUAUUCAUGCAGGUGUCAAUAUCAAUUCUCAGAACAAGAUGAAUGGCUGGACGGCCUUACAUUGGGCGGCUCACCGCGGUCACGAACUCAUUAUACGGCAAUUGUUGGGUAACGGCGCUGAUCCGAAUAUCAAGACGAACAAAGGUCAAACGGCAUACGACUUGGCCGCCACAUACGAUACGAUUGCUUCUUUACUGAAGGAUGCCAUGGGCGAGGUCGAUACUGCUACUUUACAUCCCGAACCCGACCUGCCUGUUGUUCCUUCUUACCUAAAAAAUCCGGAUCUCGAAAAGUCAUGGCUUCACCCAGAGGAAUUUUCUGAAAAUAAGCUCGAGAAAAUUGUACGUCAACAAGCCGCGGUCGAUGCCGUGCAGGAAACCGCCCCCGUCGUCACCUCUUCCCAACCUCCUACACAAAAAGAGCACGUAUCGUCGACUCCUUUGGAAACAGAGAAAGAAAUUCUGGUAUACCUUGGCUCCCGGUCCGAUGAAAAUAUCCUGGGAUCGAUUUUUUUGAAGAAUCAAACGAUCGAUGCCGUGAUAGACCAAAUGAAAGAGGAAUUGGACAAUGUACCCUCCUCAUUUUCGAUCGCCCGUCACAACGGGAAAAUGGCUAUUCCUAUCAACUCGAAGCAGAUGAACAAGAAACUUUUAGAUUUAUUCCGCAGUGAUGACGAUGUCCUUGUUAUUAUUCCCUCCUCUUCUUCAUAAAAUCAUAUAAUAAAAAACACAGUAGACCAUAAGGAGUUUACAUCUUUUUUUAUUUUAUCUUUCCACGGUCGCAAUUGAUGUGCUGGCUGAUGCGGUUUCUGAUGAAAAAGAUGCUGGUUUUGUCAUAACCUGUGUCUUUCUUAUUGUGCAAGGGAAAUCAUCCCCGAAACCAAGAGCAACCAACAGACUUCAACUAAGACCCGAUGUAAAAAGGUUUAGCAUAAGGGACAGAACCAAGUCUGACAUGCAAAUGGGGAAUCAAGGGAAAAUUGAAUGAAUAAAAAAACAUCCCUUUCGGGAAUUUCGG